AUGUACAUGAGAUUUUUUUCCAGGUUGUAUUCAGGUAUGGAGGCGGGGGAAAGAACUGUAUCUGUCUAUUCUGCUGUGUUUGAAUUGUCUGUUAGAUGGUUGGAGCUAACACUGCCAUUCAUUUCCUUCAGUGUGAUUGAAAGGAAUUUAUGUUUUGCUGUCCUGAUGUCCACGAUCAUGCUGAGGUUCAACUAUGAGCACUGUGUGAAAUUAUUUCAACUCAUCUGAUUGUUAUAAAUAAUGCAACUGCAGCUGAGGGAAAUUUUGGUUUUAAGGAGCUCAUCUUAGGUUCAUGGUAAACAAAAGUUAAGAAGUAGUCCCUUCACUCCAGACUCAAUGCACAGAGCAGUUUUCUUCAAUCUGUGUAAACCUCAAAUCAUUUAUUUACCAUUCCCAUAUAGUUAAUAACAUUUUAUUGCUCCUAACAAUGAGUCAAAGUGCACUAUAUCAGUGUGAGUUGUUUUUUUAUAUCUCUAUCCUCACUCUGGCACAAGAUUGUCACCUCAUGUGACACACUCUCCAAUAAAACAAUAAACAAAUGGAAAGUGUGAGAGUGAGACAGUGUGGUUUCUGUAUGAUGUAUCUGUAUUAACUCAGGGUUAAAUAUAUUUACAUUAGCUCAGAGAGUAGAACUGGUUGAACAGGUGCCCACAUAUGCAGAAGUUACCUCCUCUACAGGGUGAAGUAGUCCAACAACAACACUCUGCUGACAUUUCAGACUGUAUCAUAUACUUUCCAGGGAAAGAAAUUGAUUGAAUAUUGAUAUUGUGAUAAAAUAAUAUCGAAACAGAAGUUAGAAAACCCCCAGAACAAAAGAUGGCAUUUACAAAUUGUUACAUUAAUUGUAUUUACAGUCCAGAACUCCAAGAAGUUUGGUAUAGUUUUAUCGAAGAGUAGACAGAGGAAAUCAUAUUUGAGUUCAUUUAAUACUAAAUAGAAGUAUGUUAAAUCAACCUAUAGUUUAGCCGCAAUAAUGGAAAGCAGAUUGCAUCCAACUUCUCAGCCCUGAUGGACUCCACAUGAUUUAAAUUAAGCCUCAGGAAAUAUCAAUCACAUGGAGCCUCAUGAUGUGACCACUGAUAAAACCAAGGACAGGGCAGCCUCCAAUUACUGUGACUCUACGCUAAUUGUAAACCAAUAUGUUGCUUAUUUCCUGUCUUACAGCUGCUUUUUUAUUGGUUUCUGUGUGUAUAAUGCCAAAUAUGAGGAUUUGAUUUUGUUUAAGUGAAUGUCUUGGAGUUUUUGACGAGGUUUGGACAGAAAGAAACCAUCAAGAGGUCUAACUUCAUCUAAUUUUUUAAACAUCAUUGGAAACCAUAAUCUAUAAUAAUAAUGAUAAUAAGAAGAACAUGUUUGAGGCUCGUUGCUUUAAGAUAAUCAUCCAUAGCCUGUUGGGUGGGGCUCGGGUAAGUGGCUGAUAUGAGUCCAGUAUUAGUAACACUUCUUCUCUGGCACUUAAAAAAGGAGUCCUGCACCUUUAACUAUCCACAUAGCUUUUUGUGUGAAACAUUCAAGAGGCAACAGAGAAUGCCUGUUGUCAUUUGCACCUGCAGAGAGGACCUAUUUGCCUGGAGACCAGACAGUGUAAAAUGCUGUGACUUUUAUUUCUUCUAAAUUAGGCUCCUUUUUUGUUUUUAAAAUCUAAUUUUAUGUAUAUCUCAUCAUGCCAUAUGGAAUAUCUAGUUCUUGGACUAAUUGUCAUCCUGUGUAAUACCUGUCAUUGAUGUAAGUAAUGUCGUUUUAAUCAACGAGCGGGGUGUUUGAAAUUACAGCAGAUUAAUCACAAAAUUGUUGGUAGUUUUCAGACAUUAAAUUAUGGUUAAAGUCUCCGACAGUUCUUGGUAACAACCUUACUUUCUGUCAUGUAAUAUUGAGCUUUUAGCUGUAGGAACUAUCAUACCUACUUUGCAUUAGAAAAAUAGAUUGUCACUGUGGUAGCAGAUUAUUAUGCAAAAAUCCUCUCAAUAUUUGAGCGAGUCUUGAAAAAUUGAACCUAGUUGCAUGUAAACACGGCCCUGCCCUCUUUUACUCUCCUCCCUCUUGCACUUGUACUCAGUCUAACCUCACAUAAAGUCACACCCUCGCUGUCCUCGCUCACAUUUCCAUUUGCUCGAGCCCGGUGUGCGCUAAAAGAACGGUAAGGUGAAAGACUACAGGCUUUAUGUUUAAUGAUGGAGGAGCUUACCUAGAAACAAUUGGCAAUGAAAGUGAGAUUGUGUAUCAGUGACAUAGUACAGUGAAAGUUAAGAUGUUGAUGUAACAAGCUUGUUUGCAGUGAUUUAAUUGUUUCUAUGUUUGUGUUGCUAAACUUCUGUCAAAGAUUUUAAAUUAUAAGCUCAUACGUCUUUAAAGACAGAUUUUUUCUGAGUCUCUUGUGUGUCUUGAGUCUGUCCUUGCCAUCACAAGCAAAGGGCUCUCCAAUUAGUGAGUAAUUGUUCCUCGGGUAUCACCAUGGUAACCUCACGGUUCACAGCUCUUUUGACCACCUCAGCUCUACAGGGAGCUGUCUUUGCACUCAUCAUCAUUGGAAACUGCUGCUUUAUCACUUUAUAGAGCUCAUCAUCACAUGACUUGUGUAAACUUGUUUUCCCGGAUGGUUAAUCGUGAGUGUGGUUCCUUUUUAGAGCCGUAUGUUUGUGCUCAUAUGGAUUUGGUCUUGGUGUGACUCAUGCCAGAAGACUCUAGAGGAAAUACGUUACCCCACCCUCCCUGAGGCCUCACCCACUUUUUCCUUUUACUGAACUGUCCUCCCUGCUCCUCUCUUUCAUUAGCUAUGGCUGGACCCAGGCCUGUGGUGCUGAGCGGCCCGUCUGGGGCGGGGAAGAGCACGCUGCUGAAGAAGCUGAUAAAAGAGUACGACAGCGUGUUUGGCUUCAGUGUCUCCCGUAAGUUGCCGUGAGAUUUUGAAAGUGUUUCACACUGACUUUGUUGAAGGUGAUGAAAUCAGGCGAUGGUAAUUCCUCAGUAUAGUUAAACCUGUUUUACACAGAGUAGAUGUGAGCGUAACAUGUACACAAGCAGAGAGCUGCUUAAAUUAGUUCACAAUUAGUCAAUCUAUAGAAGAUAAUUCUUCAAGUAGUUCAUGAUUGGUCGUGCUAAAUGCAUAUUAUCAGGUUUCAGUUUUAGAUUUGUUAAAUGGGAUUGAAAUCUAAACAUUUUAACAUUUAAGACAGCACACUGCACCAAAAGGAGGACUGUUGGCCUUGUAGUUUGAGCAUGUGCAGAGGCAGCAGUCCCCAUUGAAACAGUCGCUGGUGGUUCACCUCUUUUACUCAUCAGCUAUCCUAUCAUUUAAGACAGAAAGGCCAAAAAAAACUCCAAAGAUGUCUUUUAUGACUUAAAAAAGUGUGUUAGGAAAAUAUGAAUACAUUUAUAAAAACAGCUUAUUUCCUAUAAUGGCUGGCAUUAAAGCUUACUUUCCCUGUUUGAUAUUAAUGCCAUGUUUCAAAAGUUGUUAUAAAAAUCUCCUUACACAUUGUAGACAAGAUAAGGCCUGUAAUCACAGAGCGUGGAUUUGGAAUGGCAACGCCCUUUUUUAACACACCAGUACAGUUCAACAGAAUAGCCCAGCCUUUGAAACACCCCUCUAAUCUCCCGCACCAACAAGUCAAAACUGAGACGGGGCGGGACCUUAGAUAUCAGCUAUAUCAACAGCCAUGUCCUGAUAGAAUCUUGAGACUCUACCAGGACAUGACACUUUUCAUUUACACAUACUUUGAAAAAAUGUUCAUCCUUCAGUUCUGCCUGAACACAGGUCAAACAUUUUUUUCUGACACUAGUAUUUUUUCAAUCCUCAGACACAACGAGAAAUCCUCGACCUGGAGAAGUGAAUGGCAAAGGUACAGCUUGUUCCUCCUCUUCCUCCACCACUGUUUUCAUAAAUUACAAGCUUUAGAGGUCGGUGAUGCUGUGGCUUUCUUUGCUCUUAUCCAGCAUGUUCUUGGGGUUUUUCAGAUUAUCACUAUGUUACACGGGAAGCGAUGCAGAUGGGGAUCGACAACGGGGAUUUCAUUGAGAACGCAGAGUUUUCAGGGAACAUGUACGGGACAAGUAAAGCAGCUGUGCAGGACGUCCAGGCCAAAAACCUCAUUUGUAUACUUGACAUUGACAUGCAGGGUGUGAAGAAUAUCAAAAAAACAGACCUCAACCCCAUCUACAUCUCUAUCCAGCCUCCAUCCAUGGACAUCCUGGUAAGCACACGAAAAUACGACUGUUGUCCUGUCGGUGAAGAGUUUCUUCUUUGCUGUAAUCAGGACUUCUUUGUUUCACAGGAAACCACAAAUUUAGGUGUUUUGCAUAUUUUUGAGUGCCCUCUGUUGAUGACGCUGUUGAUCACUUUGUUUCAGGAAAAACGUUUGAGAGACAGAAAAACAGAGUCGGAGGAAAGCCUGCAGAAGCGUUUACAUAUAGCCAGGGUAGACAUGGAGAUCAGUAAGUAUUUAAAGCUUGUCGCCAAAAUCUGUAACAUGAUUAACUUUAAACAGAGCACUGACACCAAAUCUAUCUCUACCUAGGCAGAGAACCUGGACUGUUUGAUACCGUCAUUAUCAAUGAUGAUUUGGAGGAAGCUUAUGGGCAGUUAAAACAGGCUCUUCUUGUGGUAAGUUGGUGCUUGACACAGCUUAAGGUCAAAUACAUAAUUCUGAUUGAUCACACAGCAACAGCAGACCGUUGCUAUGAAGAACAGACUGUUGCUAUGAAGAACAGACUGUUGCUAAGGAUGGAACUCUGAUGAGGGACUCAAGCAGACUGUCUGACUGUGAGGCUAAAAACAGAGGAAAAGAAAAAGCAGAAGAGUUUGGAAGUUGAAGUAAACACUUAAACCAGUAAAAUCAAUGAAAUAUAUGUAGUUCGUUGAUUUCUUAAGGAGGUAUCCUCUUGUAAUAAGCAGGUCGUUAUAGCAGAUGAACUCCUCCAGGGUGAGGUCUUGCUCACCCUGCUGGGGUUUUUUGUUAUCCACUAUAACAACCUGUUCACUGCACAUAAUUCUCUAGAUAAUUCACAGAUAUUUAACCCCAGAUGAAUGCUUUUAGUUCAGUGUCCACAAACUUGCUUCACAGGUUUGCACAUUGACAAACUUUUGUUGAAGCAAGACUGUGAUUUUGCAAACAUCUCUGCCCAAAUGAGCAACGAUUGUUUUGCCCUCAACUUUCAUUCAUAAUUUUGUCAAUUUGUUAGUAUUUACUGAAUUGUAAGAGUGCUAUUCCUCUAUUUUCCAGGAAAUCACCAAGGUCAAGAAUGUCAACAUGUCUUCGUAG